CCACAAGCUCCACCAACUGAGCCAGCCAGGCACCCCCCCAUUCAUUCACUUUUAGAAGUCAUUCCUGGGCAUUCUCAUUCCGGGUCCUCUGCUUUCUUCUGGCAGGCAUAGAUAAAACAGGGUGUGUCCUGCAAUCCAGGCUCUCCUUCCUACAUUUACUUAUGUAUUUAUUGGUUAAAAGCUUAGGCUCUGUAGCCAGAAUGCCUGGGUUCAAUUCCAGACUCUUCCACCUACUUUGUGAUUGACGGGGAAGUUACUGGACUCUCUGUGCUCCUAUUUCCUCUGGGAAAUGACUGUAAGAGACCCUGCUUUGUAUAGUGGUCGUUAGGAUAAAUGAGUUAAUAUAAAUUAAGUGCUUAGAGCAGUGCCUGGCCUGUAGUUACUACUCAGUUACUGUCUGCAUCUUAUCAUUGCUAUGUCCUUGUCCUUGGUUCCCUGUUGACAACCUCAUAUGGUGAUGAUUCUCUUGGGGGCCUAGAAAGAAGUGGAGUUGGGAUGUUUGGAGAACCGCAGACACCCCACCCAGCCAGCACCCCCACUCCCAAGUAACACAGAAUCCUACCUAAAGGGAACGGGGGGAAAGGGGGGAGCUAAGACUUCACUAAACAUAAUCAAGUGUAUUAGCAGUAAUUAAUCUUUUCCCUCUUUCUCCACCUGUGGGAGCCCUUUGUUCCCCACACCCAGUUGUAUUAAUGCUGUUUGUCCAGCUCCUCCCAGUUCUCCCCUACAGCCAAAUUCCUUCCCAAACUCUGCCUCCCCCACCUCUCCCCAAGCUGGAUUCUGGACCCUGGACCCUACUAUCUGUGUGUAUCUGGUGUCACAUCUAUUGAUCUCUGCCUGCUGCUCCUCCUUACCCUGGGCAAACUCAAAAAACUAUGGCCUCCAUAAACAUGGCGGUGGGGGAGUUCACCUCACAAAGAAGCAAUCAAACCAAUAAAACAAAGGAAAUAACGAGGUUUACCCAUCAACUUAGCAAAGAUUAAGGGGAAAAAAUCCUAAUACAUGCAAGGGUGUAGUGAGAUGGGACACACAUACACUACUGGACACGAACAUCAACAUAAUCUUUCUGAAAGCCAUUUGGUAAUACAUAAUCAAGAGUCUUUCAAAAGUUCCUAUUAUUUAACCUAGUAAUUCCACUUUCAGGAUAUUGUUCUUCUAAAGAGCUGCCAGAAAAAUAUGCACGAAUUUGUUCAUCACUGCAAUGUUUAUCAUAUAGAAAGGCUGGAAACAUAAAGGUCCAACAAUAGGGAAAUGUUUAAAUUUUGUCAUAUGCAUGCAAUGAAAUACAACAAUUAAAAAUUGUUCUUGGAGAAUUUCUUAAUGAGGUGGAAAUGUUUACAAUGUAAAGUUUGGUUUCAAAAAAAUGAAUGUAAAAAUCUGUACAUACAGUAUGGCCCUAAUUAUAUGACAUAUAUGCAUAGAAAACAGACACACCAAAAAGUUUACAAAUGAUUAUCUGUGGGUGGUAGAAUUGGGAAUUAUAUUUCCUUCUUUAUACUUAACUGCAUUUAAAAAAUUGUCUACAAUGCAUAGCCAUUACUUUUAUAUAAAUCAAGGGAAUAGAAAACAACAAACAAAUCUGUAACAGCCUCCACACCCCACUCCCAACAGACCCUCCUGGGUCUUAAUCCCAGACUAAAUUGGUCUUGGGGUCUUUAGGAAUCUUGAAGCUGUUGGGCUCUCAACAAUGAAUGACAAAAUAAAUCUCAAAAUUAAAAAUCAAGCAGCAGGUAACCAUGUAGAAUGUCAACUGUACUCUGAUAAAAUGCAUAUUUUGACAUAGUUUUAAGGGGCGGUAUCUUGCAUUGGGCUAGGUCUCAUUCAGAUUCUCCCUUAAUCCGGACCUAUUUACCUAACCAGCCCAUAGGUGGCAAUCCCUGCCCUCCACCCUACCCAGGCAAACCGGUUCACUAGUCCCUUCAUGCUCCUCCCUAGUCCCAUCUGCAACACACCCUUCACCCCACAACCCUCCCCUAUUUCCAGGCCAUUUGGUACACAGUGCCUGCUAGGAAGUGUGUCCUGAUUACAGCUAAGCAUCGAUCUCUCCACCUACACAACACCAGUAAGAAUCUAAGUGGGGUUCACUGUCUACGCAAAAACAGUUUGGAAAGUGAAGGAGUGAGUCAUCCUCUUUGGCCUCCAGCUUCUUUCAUGUUGGGGCCAUAAUGUUGUCUUUGAGCCUCUGAGAUCUUCCCUAGCUCUAAAUACAGCUCCCUCCCUCCUACUCUAUUCACCAGAUGGUUCCUUAAAUGGCCCUCCCUGAACCCCAGGCCCCCACUCAAGUAUGCUCCUUAAUUCUCUGAAGAAGGCUUCUCUUAGCCCCUGGCCCGCAGCUCACUUGUGAUGUCAGCCUCCCCACUAGGCCAGACCACUCUGCAGACACCGGACUCUGGAGAGAACACCUCCAGCCUCACAAAGAUCCUUGGCCAGAACAGUUUCCCAAAGCAUCCCCUAUGCUUAGAUCCUUCUGGAACCAAGCUACUCGGUUCUGGUUUCUCAGCUUGUUCAAACAACCUGUCCCCCAGCAUUGUUUACAACUCCAUACAGCUGCAUCCACCCAUACUAGUUUGUAAGUAUUCAAAUGGCUCUAGCCAUGCCCUGUCAUUCCAGGCCCUCACUGGCUAGCCCCAAUGCCCCUUUGUUGUCCUCUCCCAGCCCUCCUCUCCACGCACCUUUCCCUCUCCUGCCCCACCAGUCACAUCUCAUUUCCCAGUCUUCCCAGAGCACACGUUGCACCUCGGGCCUCCAUGCAUUCUCUCAUGCUUUCUUUCCUCUUCCCAAAAUGCCUUACCUCCGUUUCUAUUGUUGUUCUGCUUUCUCUGUUGCAAGUCUGUUCAUUUUAGUUGCUCCCUCCUUUCUUCUACAGAAUUUUUCAGUCUGACAGUUAAAUGUGUUUAUAAUGGUCUUUCCUACCAGGGGUGGAGGGUAGGUUUUAAACAGCUUUGAAUUCUCCAGCACUAGCACAGUGUUCCUUCAAUUCAGCUGCUUCUCUGUGAAUUUACCCCACCUCUUCCUUUGGACUGGAAGGUCCUGAGGGCAGUUCUUCAUUCAUGACCUCCCUACUCCAGCUGAGACAAGGCUUUCUCCACAAUCCCCAUCACUGAGGGUAAGACAGAUCCUGAGGUCUCCCCUUAGCUCAGGAAACAGGACCAAAUUCGUUGGGAAAUGGUGAGUCUUGCUUCACUCAAAAUGAUUGGUUAUCAGGCUGUGAGUAGGACUCCUGAGUUCUAGCUGAUUUUGAUGCUAAUUUGUUUAUUAAUGUGAGGAUCAUAUUUCUGUGUUUCCAAAUGGGAAUAGCACGUACAUGCUUUUCCUACUCCACCAGGUCACUGAACCCAAAUGCGAUAAUAAAGUAGAACAGUCACAGUUUCGAAAGGCAUCAGAGCUGAAGACGGGAGGCAGGAGGUCACUGGCAUCAGGAUGGGUCAGCACAAUUAGAGGCCAGGCAAGGGUCAGGAGCUCUCUUACUCAGCUUAGUAGUCGGAAUGGGAGCCCAGCAAACUACAAAACAAGUAGGAGCAGCACAGAAGUUUGCAGAGGUGGUAGCUGAAAAAGGAACAAGCUCGAACAUUUUCUCCAUGCAUCAAACAAGUUAGUGGUUCCUUUAACAUUGCAAGUGCUACUGUUUUCGAGCUCAUGCAUGUUGCCUGUUUCCUCCAAGUGUUCUUUCACUGGCUGCUUACGUGGGGGUCGUGGGAAGAAGGAUCACUUGAUUUGUCUGCUCAUUAAACUAUAGGACCUUGAACAGGUUACUUACCUCUCAAGUCUCAGUUCUCUGGUCUGUAAACUGGGGACAGAGCACUUACCUUGAAGUUAGUGUGAGAAUGAACUGAUAGGAGCCACAUUAACUCGGCCAGCACAGUGGCUGGCAGUCCCCUGCUCUGAACACAACAGACUUCAGCACAGCUCUGGCCUAGGUGUAGGUUACCAAUAUUGUGGGUAGGCUAGGGCUGGGCUGGGGAGGUAUAAUUACUGAAACCUUAUAGCCAAGAUUCCAAGACAAUCACAAUUUCAAAGACACUCUCCUGUUUUAAGUCAAGAAGCACUUGCCAAUUUUUGAUUGGGAAAACAUGAUCACUAGGGAAGGCACGAUGGCGGCUACCUAUUUCUCCAUCAGCCCUGAGAGUCUGGGCUCCAGGCCCAGGGCUUCUCAGCCAGAUGCUCAGAUAUGCAGCUGAAAGGUGGUGGAAGGAGGAAGGAGCUCAGCAAUGGCUCAGGGUACCUGGUAGGUGGGAGGCCCAGGGGCUCCCUCCCAGUUUCUCAGUCCAAAUGCACAGGCCACUACAGUGCAAUUCCCCUCUAAAAGGAAAGAACACGUUAAGCCCUUCAAGCUCAGGUUAAGUCCUCAACUCCCUGGUUGCGCAUUAGAAUCACCUGGGGAAAUUUGGAAAUCUCCACGCCUAGACUGUAUUCCAGACCAAUUAGAUCAGUAUUAUUUUUUAAAGCUCUCUGGGUAAAUUCCAAAGUACAACAAAAGUUGAGAACCACUCUUCUGGAUCAGGUUUUUCCAAACUUGCCAGAUGAUGAUAAUCACUUGUAUUAGUUUAAAAGAGUUUCUCAGGAUCUGGAAUUAGCACUAUUGCCGGAACUUAAUGAUUCUAAAGCACACCCCUUUAUAAAAACAUAUAGGAUAUUUUAACAUCUUUGAAAUCUGAGUGACCUUCCAAUCAGUGAGACCUAAGAUUUGAUAACACACAGAAACAAGCAUCUCAGGUGACCCUCAUGAUUAGGCAGGUUUGAGGAAAAAACAAUUCCCUAGUACCUCCUAGGGCAGCACUUCCCGAACUUUAACAUGCUUAGAGUCACCUGCGAUCCAGUUAAAAUGCAGGCUCUAAAUCAGAUCUAGGUUAAAGCCUGAGAUCCUGCACUUCCAAGAAGCUCCCAGGUGAUCUAGGCUGGGCCUUGCACCACAUUUUGGGUAGCAAAAUCCCGAAGUACUGAGGAGGCUCCACCAGCAACCCACUUAAUUAAACGGAAAUAACUGGCAUAGAGAAAUAUGACCGAUGGAGAGAGUCUUCCAUAGGUCCAAAAGAGAACUCCUGGGUUCCUCUCUGGCAUUUCUUCCCAGGAAGGGGCAGCUGGAAUGAGGGCCAGAGGGAGGGCUGCCCCAACCUUUGCAAAGCCAGAGGCUAGAGUCCAAUUUCCCAAGGAAGCAGUUUCCUGUAUGAGGCAGCACAAACUCCCACUCUAAACAGCAAAGUUCACUCACCAAGUGAGUGUAGGCCUCAGGUGGCUUUACAGAGUUUGGAGGCCCGCUCUCUCUGUAUAUACUUUUUCUUUCAUUCAUUCACCAAACUUUUAUUGAGGGUCUGCUAAUAAACCACACGGUCUAAAGGACUCACAUAUGAAUGAGAUUUGGUCCCUGACCUCCAGCGGAAGGAAUUCAGCCUGGGAGAAACCCAUUCAUAAAGCAAAGUACAGUAUGAAGGGAUAAGUGCUAUAAAGAAGCACAUAGAGAGAUUACCCAACAUAGCAGAACAAUGCUAAUAACUUCCUGGUGCAGCAGCCACUGGAGGAGCUGGAGGAAACAUUUCUAAUUUUUCCACCCUAAACAAGAUUUCCUUGCCAGGACCAGCCUGGUAUGAUGGAGAGGGUGCUUUGAUGCCUUGAAGCCCUUGAAAACAAGACUCUAAAAUCUGGAGUCUCAGGACAGGCAGAGCUUCCUACGUUUACACAUCUAAUCUCUAGAGCUAAAAUGCAAGUGAAUCCAAGGAAGAAAGAGACUUUUAGGAGAUCAGCCCCUCAAAAGGAUGGGACAGCUGUGAUCUCAUUCCAGAAAGCUCCAGUACCCACAUUCUGUCCUCCUGUGUCAAAAUCCAGCCAUUUUCUUAGUUACAGAAACACAUGUCUUUGCCCUUUGUCAUACUGAGCUCUUAAUUGGCUUGACCCAUCACAUUGCUAGAUAAAAAGGCUACAAUCCCUAGACUAAGUAAGUCUCCAGCUGGGGUAGAAAGUCUCACCCAAGACAGGCAGGGGACAAGAACCUAGAGCCUGCUCCCUCACCAAGCCCCCUAUCGACCAGCUUUUGAGGAGGACUACAAAACUGAUACUCGAUCCCAAUUUACUUUUUCCUUAUCUUCCAUCUCACAGAUAGGAAACCCUAGAGAAGAAGCUUAAGGGCCAGAAGAAGCAGCAGAGAAGGAGAUAGCAGAAAGAUGGGGAGUGGAGCCAGUGCUGAGGACAAAGAACUGGCCAAGAGGUCCAAGGAGCUAGAAAAGAAGCUGCAGGAGGAUGCUGACAAGGAAGCCAAGACCGUCAAACUGCUACUGCUGGGUGAGCGAGAUGGGAGGAUGAGCCAGAGAAGAAGGUACUGCUCCUUCCUGCUUAUCCUGAAUGGUAGAUGGGUUCUAGCCCACCCCACGGGGAGGACGGAUGGCCGGUCAUUUUCCUCUCCCCAUCUGGUCUCAGGCUAAGGGAUCAGGGCUCUAGGGCUAAGCAUAGCCACCCCAAGGAGAUGCAGAAUACCAAAGCUACCUUGGAAUAGUUCUGCUCUUCCUUGAACCAGGAAGUGUGCAAGGGCUGGGAGAGACCCAUCCAUCUCCAAAUCUAACCAAACCCAACACCUCACAGCUUGGUAAAUGCCGUGAACCCUGGGCUUAGAGUUACCUGAUCUGCAGUCAGAAAGCUCUGAGUCAGUGGAUUCAGAAGUCCUGUCAUAGCAUCAGUGCCAUGUAGUCCCAGGAGCAGGCCCACUGGUUCUUGCCACAUAAAUGGGUUCCUUCUCCUUGCCUCCAGUAAACAUUCUGUAUACAUUUUAUAACUAGGGAGCCAGCCCUGAGGGAGGAGGAAUGUCUACGGUAGUCCUUUCCUGGCUUUCUGUUCCGUAGCUGCCUUGAAAGCCCCUUCCAGAUGGGAGGUUCAUCAACUUGAUGAGCCCUAAGCAGAUCACAGGUCUGUGCUGAAAAAAGACAAGCACCCUCUGUUGGUCAGAGAGAUUGGUCACAGCUGCAAACAGAACCAAGACAAUAAAGAGUUUGGGACACCUGGUUUAUGGAAAAAAAACCCAACGGUAGUACAGAGAUAGGCUAGCUGGAGCAGGGGAGGGUCUAUGCAGCAGCAGAUUAGCUGACUGGGCUGUUUCCAAGCCCAUGAGGAGCCUGUGAACUGGAGCCCCAGGCGGUAGCACCUCCUUUUGCCCAGCCAAUCUGUGAGCACACCACUGUAAGUUGGACUCAGACUCCAAGAAGCCCAAAAGCUACAGAAGGGGAAAGAGAUAGCAAGGCCACUGAGAGAUCUUUUAAGCCUAAGCAGCUUUCUUCUACAUUCAGGAUAAGCAGCUUAGAGGGAACCAGCAUAGACUAAAUGGGAGGGAGGUUAGGGCAUCAGGGCAGUGCAAACUGGGGGAGAGGGUUGAAGGGUAUGUGGAAGGAGAGCAGAGUGUAAAUGAGAGGAUAGUAGGGCAUUUUAGCCAAUAAGGGAAAAAGCAAGAUGAUGAAAAAAACUAUUUCAGUGAAGUUAUCCAGCUCUCUGCAAUCCUGCUCCAAGAUCACUCUCCUGAGUAAAACUGGGCAGAGGAGAAACGUGUUAAAGGAAUUCCCUGACUCUAUCGGUGGUUCUCAACGAGAUUUUGCCACCACCCUCACCCCUCACCAGGACACUCGGGAAUGUCUGGAGACAUUCUUAGUUGUCACAACUGGAAGAGAAGAGUGCUACUGGCCUCUAGUGAGUAGAGGCCAGGAAUGCCGCUAAACACCCUACAAUGCACAGGACAGCCCCCCACAAAAAAAAUAAUUGUCCAGCCCAAAAUGUCAACAAUGCAGAGGCUGAAAAACUCUGCUCUAAAUUCAGACUGAAUGGCCUGAGCUCAAGGCUGGCAGAAAGGGCAGCAAUCAUCCCUACAGGUUGUCUCCUAACAAGACUCCCAAGCAAGCCCUGGCUUAGACUUCUCACAAGCCAUCUACUGGAGGGUUGGGGAGAAUUGGUGGAAAUCUGAAGCAUAAGCAUUUCUCCCUGCAGGUGCUGGGGAGUCAGGAAAGAGCACUAUCGUCAAACAGAUGAAGUGAGUAGGAACAAAGGCCCCCGAGGACUGAGGUAGGGUGAUGAAGUCAGUAGAGCCAGUAGAGGCAUGGAGGGUGAAGGGCUCUUCAUCCUGAAGGCACCCAGAUGUAAAGGAUAUAAAGAACCUGAUUCCCAAUGCCCCUCAUCUGCAUGCCCUUUUCCCCUCACCCUCCACUUUGGGACAGCAAUAGGAAUAGAUUGUGUUCUUAUGACCCUUUCAAUCCUUCCAGAUUCCCAAUCCCUUAGGGUUGGUUACUCAGGUCCAACUAAGGGCCGGGUGUCUUGCAGGAUCAUUCAUCAGGAUGGCUAUUCGCCAGAAGAGUGUCUGGAGUACAAGGCCAUCAUCUACGGGAAUGUGCUGCAGUCCAUCUUGGCUAUCAUCCGGGCCAUGUCCACACUGGGUAUUGACUAUGCUGAACCAAGCUGUGCGGAUACUGGGCGACAGCUCAACAACCUGGCUGACUCCACUGAGGAGGGCACCAUGCCUCCCGAGCUGGUUGAGGUCAUCAGGAAGUUGUGGAAGGAUGGUGGGGUGCAGGCGUGCUUCGAGAGAGCUGCAGAGUACCAGCUCAAUGACUCAGCAUCUUACUACCUGAACCAAUUAGACCGGAUUACAGCCCCCGACUACCUCCCUAAUGAGCAAGAUGUGCUACGAUCCAGAGUCAAAACCACAGGCAUCAUUGAGACCAAGUUUUCCGUCAAAGACUUGAACUUCAGGAUGUUUGACGUGGGAGGGCAACGAUCAGAGAGAAAGAAGUGGAUCCACUGCUUUGAGGGAGUCACCUGCAUCAUUUUCUGUGCGGCCCUCAGUGCCUAUGAUAUGGUGCUAGUGGAAGAUGAUGAAGUGAAUCGCAUGCAUGAGUCACUACACCUCUUCAACAGCAUAUGUAACCACAAGUUCUUUGCGGCUACUUCCAUUGUCCUCUUUCUCAACAAGAAGGACCUCUUUGAGGAAAAAAUCAAGAAAGUCCAUCUCAGCAUUUGUUUUCCAGAGUAUGAUGGGAACAACUCUUUUGAAGAUGCAGGGAAUUACAUCAAGAGUCAGUUCCUUGACCUCAACAUGCGAAAAGAUGUCAAAGAAAUCUACAGUCACAUGACCUGUGCUACAGACACACAGAAUGUCAAAUUUGUAUUUGAUGCAGUUACAGAUAUUAUCAUCAAAGAAAAUCUCAAGGACUGUGGGCUGUUCUAAUCCUCAUCACUCUUCGAGUAUACAUUCCACAAACAGGCUUGGAAUCUGGUUCAUUUCAAGCAGAAAAAUCAUAGAUCAAUAUACCAUGGCAUGAAGAGUGAAUCCAUUCUCCCUUGGAGACAGACUCUACAUGAUCACAACUGUGUCCCAUAUAUUCUUUUCAAAGUGGGGUAGCUAGUGCAGUUUAAAGAAUACAAACCCAAGAGUCAAAAGACCCAGGUGCCAGUACUGGUUCUGCAAUUUACUGCAAAGUAUAAAUAUUUCAUUUCUCUGAGCCUUGAGUCCCUCAUCUAUAAAAUGAAGGUAACUUUUCUACUACUUCACAGGGUUAUUCUUAAUGAUCACAAACAUAAGGGAAGGAACAUAAAAGCUGUGUGGUCAGAGUCACAGAAAGAAAUCCUAUGUAAAAGCAGCCAUUUAUGAAAUUCAAGACCAAGUUUUUAGAUGAACUAUCCCAAGCACAAUAGCAACUUUCCCUACUGUCUGGAAAAAAUUAAAAAAUAAAAAAUGAGAUCUCAGUAAACCUUACCACCAUUUUUUACUAACAGAUCCUAUGUGCCUUAGCUCAGAGAUCUGGAUCACUGAAUAGAAGAUGUUAAGUUUGUUAGUUUCUAAGGCACAUGUCUAAAAAUGAUCAUCUUUAUUAAGCAGACUCUCUCUCUGCCCCCCAACUACUGUAAAAACUGAGUUUCCUUUAUCUCUGUAAGUAACUGUCUCAGGUGCACAAGACACUUUCUGAAUAAAUUUAGAAGACUUCAACACACUCCCACUUGGAGUAUUAAUGAUUUUUAUUGCUACCACUUCUCGAUCACAGAAUUUAGAGUAACUGAGCAAACCUAGAAUUCUCAUUUCAACUGCUACAUGUUUCAGAACAAAAAAAAAGCAGCUGAUCUUGCUUUGGGCAUUGAAAAUCUUUGCAGUUGGAUCCAUGUGAUGCCUGGCUGAAAACAACAUCUCCCCAUACAGGACAACAAGUAAAUUAUUUCUCUGAACUCCUUUGAGGGGAAACGAAGCUUGCAUUUAUCUUGACAGGAGGUGGUGAAGUCAAGUACAGAUUUAGCAUCUACAACUACUAGUGAGGAAAGCUCCUGGCGUCCAAGAUUUAGUAUAUAAAAGAAAGUGUCAAUUAAAAUGAAAAUCUGUUCCUUGCCAGAAACACAUAUUCACACUUAGCCUGUUACUAGCAAUAUUGAUACUAGAGAGCCAUAUGAGCUUGAAAUACACUGAAGAAUAAAUUUGCAGCUGUUAAAAUUGGA